UACGGUGAUAUUUUCAACAUGGAAGUAGCUCCAAUGGGCAAUUUGCCUUGUAGCAAAGAUUUAUGGUCUAUCAUAUCUGGUACGACAUGCUGUUGUGCUAAAGAAACUGUUGAAGAAGAAAUAAAGAAUGCUACUGUUUUACUCAAAGAAGGGCUUCAGUUUUUUAAGCCAUAUACAGAUGCAUCAUUGCAAAGCAUUUCUAAAAGAGAUUCACCCCCUCUACAGCAAAUGUAUGAUUUAAUUAAUAAACUUGCUCCACUCCUUAACUUGGAUGCCACAAUUACCUGGGAUCUGGUAUGCAAUUUCGUAUCGUAUGAAUAUAGAAAUUGCGCAGAGACCUUUGCAUCGCAGCUCUCGGAUCUUACUUCUAUAAGAGCAUUAAUCGAUGAUAUUUGGAAUUUUUAUUACUCAGAAAGAGUGACUUUGAUAAAAUGCCUUAAACUUAUGCUUGAAUAUAAAGAUAACAAAAGACAUCCUCAUCACAAAGAAUUUGGGAAUUUUUUAAAUGAAAUUCUGAUGGGAAAUCUGCUUGAAUCCAUACGAAAACAAAUAGAAGCAUUGAAAUUUAUAAAUUCUCCUACACGGUCGCAAUUCUGUACAGAAGAUCAUUUACAUCGAUUAUAUAAUAGUACUUUAAUUGAAAUGCGCGAGCUGCUUCAUAUAUUGACUAUGAUUGUACAUGAUGUACAUAUUCCUAGUUACGAAUUUGCCAAGUUUUAUGGUAGCAUUGGGGGAGAACCUAGACGAUUGGUCAGUACAAAAAGUCAUGAAGAUAAAGAAGCUAUCACUAAAAAGAUUGAAGAGAUACAGUACAGUCAAAUGGCACUAUUACUUGUAACAUUAGAUGUAGACAAACAUACUGGUAUGGAUGAUUGGAUAAAUGAUGUCAGAAGUAAUAUGCAAGAUAUUUUUGAACAUAAAUGUAUUCGUGAAAGUUCACCACAAGAUGGACCGUUACUCUUAUCAUGGAUGCUAGCAAAUUAUGCGAUUGAUCCAGACAAUAUGGACACGUUAAAUCGUUUCAGACCGUUUGGCGUCAAAGCCAUACAACUUGACGUAUUUGAGUAUCUGCGAGAUUUGAUAAACUGUGAAAUGUUUCAAGAAGAGACCCAUUACGCUGAAGUCGUCCGAAGCAGCGUUUACAAUCUUCUCUCCUUGAUGUGCGUCUUUGUGGAUGAAGAUCGGUUAAGUGCUUUAAAUGGUAUUUUCGAUGCCCUGGCUGCCGUAAUCAAGUUUCCAGAAUGCGCAACUAGAUUCUGGGCUGAACCAUGUGACGGUAUAUGGUCGAUUUAUAAAGUUGCCAAAGAACUAUAUCCUUACAAAUUUGAACCGUUAACUAAGAUAGCUAUUGGUCUGGCAUCCACAACAAUUACAAGUGCCAAAAAGAUUGCGUCGGAGUUGAAUAAUCUACAAUCUCUGACUAUAGAGGUUCCUCGCCAAAGAGAUUAUAAUAAGCCAUUACAGCCAUAUAAAGCGGAUUGUAUAAUUCAAGAGAACUCAUUUACUAUAACAAGCAACUGCGUGCGCGAGAAUAUUACCGUGUUAUCUAAUGAGAAAGAAGUAGUAUUGUUUCGUACAAAGGCGAAUUAUUGGAACGCUUUGCAUCAUAAAAUAGAACAGUUAUUUUCUCAAGCAAGUCGUGGAAUUACAAAUAUCAGCACGGUGAAUGGUGGUAAUUUACCGGAAAAUGUUUGUCUAGGCCUAAAAUUGUUGGAAGCAUUAUUGGCUAAAGAUAUUGAGAUACCAUCGAGCAUGGUUGCUCCUACAGAGCUAAGUUUUGAAAUUAUUAAUCGAUUCUCAUAUCCAGCACUACCAACGAACUUGUAUAAAAUCGUUGCUGUAUGCAUCAGCAUUUCAUCAAAAUUGGUUUUGAGGUAUCCCGAAGACAUUCUCUCGCGAACGCGAUCCGGUGUUUAUCCAAAAUUUAAUAAUUGGAAUCAAAAACCAUUAUACUUUGCGGAAGCGAUUUCCUUCGAUGGUGGUCUCAUCGCAUCGUGGUUAUCAGGAAUAGAAACCAUCGAACAUACGUAUCCCAUUUUGUGCGCGUUUCUAGACACAUUGUACAAUUAUUUAAUCACGAAGCACAGUAAAGAGGCCAUGUACACUAUUGAAAUACCGGGCAUGGUAUUUCUGCUGCAAGCUGUAUUACCCAAGCUGGACUCAUGGUAUUUUGAAUCAAACGCAGAAAGAAUCGAUUUAUGGCUGAAGAGUAUGUUUUGUAUUCAUCGAGCUCUGGAUUCAACUUUACCUAAAGAUGAUAUUCGCAACGAAUUACAACUUGUUGUAGUAUAUAGUCUGCUUUAUUUAGAGCCGCGUCACGCACUACUGAAAUUACUUCGGACAGGCGAGCGCACGUUGCACAAUAAAAUGAUUUCGGAAACAAAUUGGAUCAAUGGAAAAGGAUUCAAGACUAUCAAAAGUGUAGAACUAGCUUUGUCGAUAGUCAAUCGAUUAUUAAUGUUUAGAAAAUCUCUGGGUAUAGAACUUGGUGACAGAUCACCUCUCGAAAUUGCUUUGUACUCCUCUCCGAGAGUACCUAAUGGACUUCUUAUAGUACCGACAAUUGUUAAUUAUCUGUAUGUUUGGUUUAGCCCUUCAUUGCAGAAAAUGGCUGUAAGAUUACUGAAGAAAUUUGCGGAGGAAUUUUCCAUGUCUUUGCUCGUUUGCAUGGGAAUGGAUGGAACAUCUAUACGAGAAACCUUCGCGUUUCGAUUAACUCUGCCAACAUGCGCGAUUGAAGUCAAAGUCGCUAUUUUAGAAUUGGUUGCCGUAUGUCUAGAAAAACAACCUGGCUUAACGGAAGCUCUCUUCAACAUCAUGCAUCAAGCAGAACGCAAGAGAAUCUUCCCACGUCCAGCCGAUGAAUUUCUUACUGAGGGUUGUAGUCAAUUCUUGGACUCAUAUUUAGAACGAAUGUACAAGGAAGACGACAUUGUGUGUGAUAAAUUGUACGACAGCACAAUGACGGUAUUGCGCGCCAUGUGGUAUCAUAGAAAUGAGAUCCUUGUCAAUUUCUUUCGGAAGCGAGAGAAAUUCUGGAGCCAUCUAUUCGCGCCGCUUUUUAAAACUUUAGUGGCAGGUGCGAAGGGUUAUUCUCAAUUGUUAGAUGUAAUUACAUUGGAAUUAUACAAAAGCCCAUUAUUAGAGAAUAAUUUCUCAAAAAGUUUAAAGGAACUGUUGGACAAAUCUAAGGAUCAUUGGAAAAAAUUAGCUAUGUACGUUCUCGAUGUUCCUGCAAACAGCGAAAACGAGAAAGAACGGCAUACAAAGCAAGACAGACUCAUAGAACCACUGUACGAAAUUAAUUUAGAGUCUUGGUAUCACUUUAUCGUUAUGCUUACCGAUGAUCGAACGGCGAAAAACUAUCCGAUUAAUGUGACACAGGCACAUUUCCUAACUCAGUUGGCUUUGGAUUCUCUAUUGGAGCAAGUGAAGGAACCUAAUGAUUCUAGUAGUGGCAAGAUUCCAAUGUUAUUGGCUUCUUUAUCUCUGAGAUGCAUCACCUCUUGGAAACAGAUGUGCGUCGGUGACUCGAGGAUUUUUAAAACCAGACUAUCGCAGUUAACGCAAGAGAUAGCGCAAACUUUUCGCGGUUUUGGAAAGACCCUACGGCAGACAAUGAUAUCGUUACUUCUUGGAUGUGUGCAACUAGUCAAAAGUACUUUAGCCGAAGAUUCGGCGAGCCUGGAAUAUCUUUUAGCGCACUCUUGCACGAUCGCUAUUUAUGAACUAGAAGAAUUGAAGAAAGCUGCCCUUCAAUUGGAACAUCGAAAACAGCAAUUCUCUGUCACUCUUAAGACUGAUGAGAAAGAUACACAGAAGAAGGCUGAUUGUUACAGCGCGGAGACACUCCGUGGCAUACGAGAGAGUUUACCAGCGACGUUAGCUAUCAGCAUGGUGACACAAUUGUUACGAUCGUAUGUUGAACGGAAUGCAAAUUUCAAGCAUCGUCUAAGAGCUAGUUGUGUGCAACUUCGUCAGAUGAUACCUGAAUUGAUGGUAUGCGUCGGUUAUACUCUUCAGAAAUACCCAUAUCUGAAGUUUAAUACAGCGGCUCUGAAUUUGUUGGGCGUUAUAUCGCGUUCACCAUAUUGUCCAUAUCCUAUUAACGAUAAUGACAUCGCGAAGCUCUGGCUGAGCUUGAUUCCACCAGCAGACAUCUCCAAUAGUAUGCUCGAUUCACUGUAUGAUGACUCGGUAAAUGGUCAGUGGCGUUGCCAGGAUUGGUGGCCAUUGUACACACUGGGCUUGGAAUUUCUGAUAGGCCUGGUUAGCAGCGAGACACACAUGAUGUUUGUCAAUCACGUGGUUGUUUUUUUAAAUUCUCACGAACAUCAAUUAAUGGUGGUAUCCACAUUAUUGAGGCACACUGCCGAUCUGCUAGCCGCCGAUCUAAUUCAAUCACUGGUCGCUCUCAUACAUGCUACAGCCACGCAAACAUACAUUUGGAAUGCAAUUCAACCAAAUGUUCGCGAAACUCUUAUUAAAUGUAUGUAUUUGGCAUAUGAUAGUACGGUGAACCUGUUGCUGAGGCCGCGGAUACUUAAAUUUAUCAUUGACGGUAUCAGCGUGGAGAGUGCCGAAGAGCUCGAGUCCUGCGAUAGUCGGUUACCCAGUGGUGAAUUGAAACUGUUGGUGAACAAACUGAUUGUCAUAAAUACAACCUGUGCGUUAAGCUUCGUCCACUUCUCGCCUAAGUUGAACACUCUGGUGGAUACGAUAUAUACUCAGGAUUAUUGGUACACGCCAAUGGCCGAGAUGAACUUUGGGCCUCCGCAAAUGAGCAUGAGCUCCGGCCCGCGGCUUACUUAUGGUACGAUAAUCAGCUCGACGCAGCUGUUUACCCAGGCUCUUCACUCUCGUUCGCAACCCGUUGCUGCUUCAUUACCCGCGUCUUCAAUGUCGCAGCCUGGACGCGAAGACAAAACGGAUUCUGCAAAGAAAGAAUGGGAACGUGCCGCACCAGAAAAUCUUCGUCGCAUGCAUACAAGCAAGGAUUUACGACGGAUAAUUCACGCGGCCUCUGGUUCAACUUCCAGAACGUCAUCUAACAUUGGCAGAGAAUUCCUAGGAUACGUUAGUGGUCUAGAUGUCACCGUGCCAUUACUUAGCAGUCCUAGACUCGUGCGUCGACCGUAUGACCCACUGAUAUGCGAAAACACUAUUCUUUCAAGAGCAACUGCUUUGGCAACUGGUAGACACGUCACGAAGAGUAGUAGCAGUGGAGCUGCUGGCGCUCCGGGUAACAGUAGCCCAAUCGUAGCAAGAAAUCACAGAUUUAGUGAUCCAUGGUUUGAGUCCAUGGAUGAGAACAAUACACGAUUAGCAUUGGAAAUCAAUCUUAUCCUGAUAUUGUCACAGGCUCUGGAAGGAGUAAAAAGUCCUAGGCUCGCUUUGCGAGAUCGUCAACUAAUAGCACGGGAAACCGCUACCGAACUGGGAGUUUUCUUCGAUUUUCUCGAACACCGCGGUACUCCCGAUAUCUGGCAAGUAAAGGGUUCUCUCAUAGAUGCGGAUACAAGAAGUUCCAGGACGAUUCAAGAUACGAGUGAUCCGACGCAAACAAAUUUACCAGCGAGACUUCAAAAGAACAGUACUAUUGACAAAGCACCGGUGUGCUCGCCCGACCACGAAAAUUCUUCAAUAGAGAUGAACCGAACUGAAACACAAGAGAAAAGACUUGACGAUAGUGUCCUCACUACUGGCGUUUUCAAAACGAAUGUCAGCAGUGUACAGUUCUUACCGUUAAUGGGAAAAUUACUUAAGACAGUUGUUGAGUCAUUGGACUCUGCACAAUUUCGAUAAACAGUAUUUUUCAAACAUAAUUCUUGAUAUAUAUAACUCAUUCUCAAA